GCUCAUACAUCAUCACUGUUCCUUUAAAAAAAAAAAAAAAAAAAGAAGGAAAAGCACAAAUCAUUGGCAUGCCCCUAUAGAAGGUAGUCCAAAAUUGUCCAUUUCGGAUGUGCCUUUUGCUCCUUUAAAAAACCGUUUAUUUUUCCCACCCUUUUAUUCUCUCUCAUCUCAUCACAUCUCAUCGCCCUCCCAACUCCGUCUUUCCCAUUUACCGUCUCCACUCUCCCGCACAUGAUCGCCUCCAAUUCUCCUCUCAAAUCCCCUGCCCCGGGCCCCACUCGCGUCCCGAAUCCUACCCCAAUUCGCUGCCGGUUCGCCUGCUUCACCCCCGGGUUCCGAUCCGUUGACCAGAAACUGUGUGUGGGUCCUACGACUUCCACCACGACCAAGAUGUACGUGUGUUACAGAAUGAGCGCCGGCUGCUUCAGGGAUAACCCCCGUGGUGGGCUGAAGUUCGAGCUCGACAGCGGCGGCGAGGACAUCUUUGAUGCCGCCACCGCCGCCAACGCCAAGGCCGUACCUCAACAUCUCGUUGUCAUGGUCAAUGGAAUCGUCGGAAGUUCAUCGGAUUGGAGAUAUGCUGCUGAGCAGUUUGUCGAGAAGCUUCCUGACAAAGUAUUUGUGCACCGCAGUGCAUGUAACUAUGCCAGAUUCACAUUCGAUGGUGUUGACUUGAUGGGUCAGAGGCUAGCUAACGAGGUACUGGCUGUUGUUAGAAAAAGGCCUGAGCUGAAGAAAAUUUCCUUUGUGGCUCACUCUUUAGGAGGUCUCAUUGCUAGGUACGCUGUUGGAAUGUUGUACGAAUGUGUUUCUACAUCUGAACCUUCAGGUCAUAAUGGUAAUUGCUCAGUUGAAGAGGACACAAAUAAUUCAUCUCAAUGCAUCAAGCAGCUUCACCAUGCCACAAUUGCUGGACUGGAACCAAUAAACUUUAUAACAUUUGCUACACCACAUCUUGGUUCGAGGGGACAUAGACAGCUACCAUUUCUCUGUGGUCUUCCUUUUCUUGAGAGAAAAGCACCUCAAACUGCACAUUUGAUUGCUGGGAGGUCUGGGAAGCAUCUAUUUCUCACAGAUAAUGAUGAUGGCAAACGACCCCUUCUUCUUCGGAUGGUGAAUGAUACCGAUGACCUGAAAUUCAUGUCGGCGUUACGUGUAUUCAAACGACGUGUGGCUUAUGCAAAUGCAAAUUAUGAUCAUAUGGUUGGGUGGAGAACUUCAUCAAUCCGGCGUCAGAGUGAACUUCCAAAGUCCAACCAACUUGUAACUGGUGAAAAAUACCCACACGUUGUCUAUGUUGAGAGAGAAAAUUUUGAUGAGACAUGCAGUAAAGCAUCCACAAUUGUUGGAGACCAAAAAGUUGACUUGGAAGAGAUGAUGAUCAGAGGUCUCACUCAAGUACCCUGGGAACGUGUGGAUGUGAGCUUUCAGAAAAGUAAACAGCGAUAUAUUGCUCACAGUACCAUUCAGGAAAGUUCCGCUUCUGGUGAAGAGCUACUGGUUAAAUUCUGAUGGUGCCGAUGUCGUUUACCAUAUGAUAGACAACUUCCUUCUCUAAUCCUGUAAAACUUCUGUUUUUCUCCAUUAGGAAAUUUGGCGGUGGGAUAGACUGCUGGCUGUGUUUCUUUCCUCAAUUAAUAUUCCAUGUACAUCUCCACAGAUUUUCUGAUGUAUAUUUGAUGUUCAUAUGGAGAAUUUGCGGAGUUUUAUUGUGUCGCAACUUAUUUCUUAAAUGCUUUGUUCGUGCACAUUUUGGUUGA